UGACAGACUGGCACAAACACGUUAGUUGGCGCUACGCUUCUGUUGGGAGAGGAGCGAGAGGAGGAGUCUCACGAGGCGCCUGAACCUGAGAGUAGAGACUGAGUUGGGAAGUCAGCAGAAGCCGGUUUUUACCUCUGGUGGUGGAAUAUAGCGAUACGUAUACUGCACGACGUUAUUAAUUCAGUUAUUAUACAUAAGUGAGGCCGUGUUACUGAAUGCCUCGGUUCUUCGUGUUAUUGUUACUCUGAUUAGUAUUUGCACUUCACUUUGAGACUCUGCGAUAUAAACUUCGUGACUUUCUUCCAAGGAGGUGUUUGUCAGUCAGAGCUUGGCGGAGUGACACUAUUGCCUCGGGCUUCUUUGCUCCUUGGGCCUCGGGUCGCGGGGCGCCAUGGCGGGUCGCUCCGGCUGCCGCUCCUCCUUGCUGCUGCUGCUGCUGCUCCACCUGACAGUGAACGUGAGGCAGGCGGGCGGGGAGCACCAGCCGCACUUCCUUCACCAGCAGGGCGCCGUAAAUAUGUCAGUCCAGCGGGGCUCCACUGCGUACCUUCACUGCCGCGUGGCCGACCUGCAGGACCAAUCGGUGUCUUGGUACCGGAAGAGAGGCGACGAAAUACAGCUGAUCACAUUCGACUUCCAGACAUAUCACAAUGACGACAGGUUUGCCCUCAGUUACGAGCCGCCUCACAACUGGCGCCUCAGGAUCCGGUACGUUCAGAAGCGCGACGAAGGCAGCUACAGGUGUCAAGUUGGCACUCACCCGCCUCUCGUCACUGUUCGCAUGCAGGUUGUCGAGGCAGCCGUUCACAUCCUGGACGAGCGCGGCGUGAUGUUGCGAGAGAAAUUUUACCGUGUGGGCUCCACUAUCGAGUUGCAGUGCCGCGUGGCUGAUAUGCCCACCGCCACCUCCCUGCACUUGGCCUGGUACCGCAACUACCACCGUCUCAACUACGACGACGUGAGGGGCGGUGUGAGCGUGAAGACAGAAUUGCGAGGGUCCCUGGCUCGCUCGUGGCUUCGGGUAGGCAACGCGAUCCGCCAAGACUCGGGCUCCUAUUCGUGCAACGUGACCGGUUUGGCCGCAGCCUCCGUCACUGUCCACGUGGUGCCAGACGAGUAUCCUGCUGCCAUCCAGCGCGGAGUGAGGUCGGUGGAUCAGUGGCGAAACUUGCCCCUGCUGCUGGUUUCCCUGGCCUUCACCCUCAUCCACACCCUACCGCACACCCUCUUCUACUACAUUCUCGCCCACAGAUAACACUAACAUGCACCGCUGAUCAUUCUAGUUACGACUGACGACACAAGUCCUUGCUACGCACUCAUACAAGAUUUAGUACAAUGGUAGAAUGUCUGUUAACGGCGUAGAUAGCUGGUCUUCUUGUUUAUUAGUGAAAUAAAGCUGAUGUCAUCAAG